AUGAUGUGUGAAGUGAUGCCCACCAUCUCUGAGGGCGGGCAGGCCUCUCCCGGGCUUGGUGGAGGAGGAGGGGGAGGCUUUGCGGGGGGGAGGGGGGCAGGCGAGGAGGCCAGCAGCACGGGGAACCUGGAGUCUCUCAUGGUCAACAUGCUGACGGAGCGAGAGCGCCUCCUGGAGAGUCUCCGCGACACACAGGACAGUCUCAGCACGGCCCACCUGAGGCUGCGCGAGCUGGGCCACGAGAAGGACAGUCUGCAGAGGCAGUUGUCCAUCGCCCUCCCCCAGGAGUUUGCCGUUUUGACCAAAGAGUUGAAUAUGUGUCGAGAGCAGCUUCUGGAGCGAGAAGAAGAAAUCUCUGAGCUAAAGGCGGAGCGCAACAACACCAGGCUCCUCCUGGAGCACCUGGAGUGUCUCGUGGCUCGUCAUGAGCGCAGUUUGAGGAUGACGGUGGUGAAGAGGAGGAGCCCUGGCGUCUCGUCUGAGGUGGAGGUGCUGAAGGCUCUGAAGUCUCUGUUCGAACAUCACAAAGCUCUGGACGAGAAGGUCCGAGAGAGACUCAGGCUGGCACUGGAGAGAGUCUCUGCCCUGGAGGAGGAGCUACAGACCUCCACACAGGAGGUGGGGAGUCUCCGGGAGCAGAUCAAACGCCGACAGCAGGGUCUGGACAACGGCAAAGAGCGCCUGCCGAACGGACCGUCGUCGCUGCUGGACGAUGGAGAAGUGGAGCGACAGAGAGAAGGAGAGAUCGAGAGGCAGAGGUCAGAGCUGGGGCAGCUGAAGGAGAGACUGGCCCUGAUGUGUCGACAGGUUGGAGAGAUUGAGGAGCAGUUGACGUCUGCACGCAGAGAACUUUCAAGAUCUGAAGAAGCAAACCAUAAACUGCAGAGGGACGUGAAGGAGGCCCUCUGUCAGAGAGAGGACAUGGAGGAGCGCAUCACAACACUGGAGCGCAGGUACCUUGCUGCCCAGCGGGAGGCGACUUCGCUCCACGACAUCAAAGACAAACUGGAGAACGAUCUGGCGAGUAAGGACUCCCUCUACAGGCAGAGCGAGGAGAAGAACCGCGCGCUGCAGGAGCGACUGGACGACGCCAAACAGAAGCUUCAGCAGACGCUACAGCGAGCGGAGACUCUGCCAGAGGUAGAGGCUCAGCUGGCCCAGCGGGUGGCAGCACUGAGCAAGGCUGAGGAGCGUCACGGGAACUUUGAGGAACGUCUGCGUCAGAUGGAGGCGCAACUGGAGGAGAAGAACCAGGAGCUACAGAGGGCGCGGCAGAGAGACCGCAUGAAUGACGAGCACAACAAGCGGCUGAGCGACACGGUGGACAAGCUGCUGUCGGAGUCCAACGAGAGGCUGCAGCUGCACCUUAAGGAGAGGAUGGCCGCCCUGGAGGACAAGAACGCUCUGACCGAGGAGCUGUCCAACAUGAAGAAGCUACAGGAUGAUCUCUUAGCCAAUAAGGAUCAGUUGAUUAUGGAGCUGGAGAGGAUUCAGUUGGAACUGGAUCAACUUCGAUCUCGACCUCGAGGAAACUACUCCAGCCGCUCUCUCCCUGGCAGUGCUCUGGAGCUGCGUUACUCCCAUGGGGGGUCUCUCUCGUCUGACUCUCGAAUGGACAUGAUGGACAUUAUGGACAUGUCGGGACACGCCACAGUGGGACCCAUGGUCCGCCGCAGCCAGCGGUCUCGCUGGAGCACCACCCACGACACCAUCAAGUACCCAGACUGGCCCUCAGAUGUAGAUGCAGGUUCUGAUGAAGACGAGGCUGAGGUUCUGCUUCUGUCUCCUGCACAAGCUGACGUCCAGACUCUGGCUCUGAUGCUGCAGCAGCAGCUAGAGGCCAUCAACAAUGAGAUCAAACUGAUCCAGGAGGAGAAGGAAAACACGGAGCUGAGGGCAGAGGAGCUCCAGAGCAGGGUGUCUGUUUCCCUGGACUCUCCUCCUCUCGCCUCGUCGUCUCUGGGCAGAGGCUACAUGUCCUCCUCCAUCACCUCCUCCAUCACCUCUUCCACACUGGCCUCCCCCUCUCCCCCCAGCUCGGGACACUCCACUCCCAGACUGCCCCACUCGCCAGCCCGGGAAAACGAUCGACAGAAGGACGAUGAGCGCUCUCUGUCCCUCCUGGACUCCCCUCCUCCCCCCACACCUCGCAACCUACGGCUGGACAGGACCCUCACCCCAGGGACAUCGCUGGACGAGCACAGGGACAUCCGCAGUUUCUCGGAUGGUACCAGCUGCAGUCAGGACUCUCUGCAGAAGAAGAGGAAAAGCAUCAAGUCGUCCAUCGGUCGUUUAUUUGGGAAGAAGGAGAAAGGACGCAUGGGACAGGACAGGUCUCUGGCCUCCACACCCUCAGACGAGGUGGGACCUGGAGACUCCAUGACCCUGACUAAGACCGGGACUCUGGGACCCGCCGACAAGGACCGACGCAACAAGAAGAAGCACGAGCUCCUGGAGGAGGCCUGUCGACAGGGUUUGCCUUUUGCCUCCUGGGACGGUCCCACCGUGGUGUCCUGGCUCGAGCUGUGGGUGGGCAUGCCGGCCUGGUACGUGGCGUCCUGUCGCUCUAAUGUGAAGAGUGGGGGGAUCAUGGCGAGUCUGUCGGACACUGAGAUCCAGAGAGAGAUCGGGAUCAGCAACCCCCUGCACCGCCUCAAACUGCGGCUCGCCAUCCAGGAGAUGGUCUCCCUGACCAGCCCCUCUGCCCCCAGCUCUGCCUCUUCCUGCAGUAAUGUGUGGAUGACCCACGCUGAGAUGGAGUCUCUAAACGCCGUCACCAAGCCGCCCGAGCUAAAGGAGUUCAGCUGGGACCAGAUCCUGGCCUAUGGGGACAUGAACCAUGAGUGGGUGGGGAACGAGUGGCUGGCCUCCCUGGGUCUGCCUCAGUACAGGUCCUACUUCAUGGAGUCUCUGGUGGACGCCCGGAUGUUGGACCAUCUGACCAAGAAGGAGCUGAGGGGACAGCUCAAGAUGGUUGACAGCUUCCACAGGGUGAGUCUUCACUACGGCAUCAUGUGUCUGAAACGAUUGAACUACGACCGGAAAGAACUGCAGCGACGGAGAGAAGAAAGCGUCUCUGUGAACCACGAUGUGGUCGUCUGGUCCAAUGAGAGGGUGAUGCAGUGGGUGCAGUCUGUGGGUUUGAAGGAUUACGCUGAGAACCUGAGAGAGAGCGGUGUCCACGGCGCUCUGCUCGCUCUGGACGACACCUUCGACUUCACUGACCUGGCCUUGCUGCUGCAAGUUCCCACGCAGAACACACAGGCUCGACAGGUGCUGGAGCAGGAGUACAACUCUCUCCUCUCUUUGGGAACAGAUCGACGGCCAGACGAGGAUGGACAGAAGUCCUUCUCUCGCUCUCCAUCCUGGAGGAAGAUGUUUCGGGAGAAGGACCUUCGUGGCGUAACCUCAGAUUCUGCUGAGACUCUCCCUGCAAACUUCAGAGCCUCCGCACUGGCUGCGCCCCCUGUGACGCUGCGGAAAGUGAGUGACGCAAACGCCGGAUCUCGAGGGGACGCAGCCUCGGUGCGCACAUACUCCUGCUGA